AUGGGAGUUGUAAAACAUUUGCUUUUAUUUUUCCUACUGACCAGUUUCGGAGAAAUUGCAAAAUGUGGCAACAAUCUAAUGUCAACCGAGCAAGACGACGGUUUCAAUCAAAGAAUGAAGGAAAGAUUCGAUAAUGUUUUUACCUCGAAGUACCCCAAUCCGCACUCUAUGAUCUAUUACGGAGGUGUCCUAAAAUGUGACAAGCCUGUGUUCUGUGCAACAAUAUAUUAUUCUUUACUAGGAUCCGUUGUUAUGCGUGUUCCUCCACAUUGCACCAACAGAACAGUUCUUGAACAUGAAGCUCUUGUAAUCUAUGACACUGCCUACAGUAUGCGAGACACCACUAGAAUAUCAUACGUCGGUGGUUUCAAUUUUCGAGUGAGGGUGAUGGAUAUAUUGAUUCCGGAUGUCAGAAUUACCCAUAACUGUGGCAGCGCUCAAUUAAUACAAGAAAAUCAUCAAUUGGACAAAAUUGAUAGGACAAAACGAUCACAAAAUCAAAUAUAUGCAAUCAGUUUGUCAGAAAAGGAUACUGGUGUUGUUGGAGAAAAAUUUAAAAACGACUACAAAAGAACGAAUUUUGAUAAGGACCAGAUGACUGCGGAAUGGAUUCAUGAUAUGGAUGUCACAGGAAACAGAAAGUUAGACACACAAAUGAGAACCUAUCGGAAGGCUCGCUAUCUCCCAAAAAGUGAUGACCAUGUCUGCCGAGUGACUAGGAACAUCCAAAAAAUUGAUCUGUUCUGGAUGACAGUAAUGGACACCGUCACUCAGGAUGUUUUUGAUGUGCUGUUCACAAGAAUGGCUCAACGUGAUCUAUUGUAUCUUUGUUGA